AUGCUUUUGCUUCUAUCCAUUUCUGUCGAUGUUGCGCAAACUGCUGCGUUGUACCUGACCACUGAGAGCGGGUGUAAGCCUUCUGCUUUCAACAUGAUCUUAUCAAUCAUCAAAGUGGUACUCCUUGCUUUGGAAUUGAAAAGUAAAAGAUCAAUUGUCCGUGAGCAAUGGCUGAACACAUCACUUGAAAACACUGAAAGUAUUUUCUUGGAGACUUUCUGCUGCUGGACAAACUCGGCGCUACGAAUAUCUGAUGAUCUUCUGCCGCUGCCCAAGCAAUUAUCGUCCAGUAUCCUUAGAAGGAAGAUGAAGACUUGUUGGGAGAGUCGAUCGAGGCCAGAGGGAAGUCAUGCUCUAGCAGUAGCGACAUUGAGAUGCACACUACGCGAGAACCUGUGUGUGGUUCCGUAUAUGCUGGGCGCAAUAUGUCUUCGCUACGCACAGCCUAUGCUUAUGUCGGAAUUAAUCCUAUACGUCAGUGACUCCCCGACUGGUGAUGCAGCGUGGAUUGAAGUCUUCAAACUGCUUUCUGCAACAACCUUUGUUUACAUCGGAUCAGCUAUUUUCAACGAUUGCCGAGAUACUGCUAAACGACGGGUCAUGAUUGCAGUCAAGGGCUCGCUAAUUGGAAUUCUUCACGAGAAGACCUUGAAAUGCGAUAAGGAUGGAUAUUCUGAUCUUACACUGCUGAUCAAUGACGUUGAAGAAAUUCAAACGGCUUUUGGUUGGACUCAUGUGAUAUGGUCGUCGUUCCUAUCACUGUCCCUUGGGCUAUAUUUGCUCGCAUCUAGGCUGGGAUGGGCCAGCGUAGUUCCGCUAAUCUUGGUAUGCCUGACUUCCCAAUGUGGACAAUAUGCCUCCAAGUAUUUUGUUGGGAAAUAUACAGCAUGGAACGAGGCAACACAGGUUCGAAUGGGCCUCAUGAAGAUACUACUAGAGCAUCUAAAGCCCAUCAAAAUGAUGGGAUAUUCACACGCCAUGGAGACCAAAAUCCAAGCUGUGCGCGACAAUGAGAUCAGAGCGGGCCUAGUCACAUCCUGA